CUGGAACAUGAUACAGACUAUACAGGUCGUGUUGAAUCCAGCUGUGAAGAGGUCAGAUGUACCGGGUCCAGAUGUCAUGGAACAUGUACCCUGAGAAUCAAAGACCUGAGACAGAGUGACCCUUCCGUCUACAAGUUUAUGUUCACAACAAAUCAACUAGGUUUGGAAUAUAUUGGUAACCCUGGAGUGAUGUUAUCUGUAACAGAUAUACAGGUAAAGGUGUCCUUUCUUUACCCAACUGAUCCUUCCUAUGCAAAGCUGGAGUGUCACAGUAUGUGUGGCCUAGCUGGUGACCCUCACUACAUCUGGUUCAGGAAUGGACAGAAUGUAGGACAACGAGUGAACUACUGGGCCUACAUUCAGUCUGGAGACAGCUAUUCAUGUGCUUUUGAAGGAUAUGAACGUCUCCGCUCUCCUUUAGUGUACCCUCCAAAGACCCCCUCAGUGACCAUGAGUCCCUCUGGUGAAGUAGAGGAGGGCAGUUCUGUGACUCUGAGCUGCAGCAGUGAUGCCAACCCAGCAGCUAACUACACCUGGUUCAAGGAACCUGAAAUCCCAGUGAAAGAAUCAGGACAGAACUACACCAUCACUUAUAUUACAUCUGAGCAUGAAGAAAACUAUUACUGCCAAGCUCAUAAUGCAAUAGGACAUCAUAAUUCCACUUCAGUGUUCAUUAAAGGGGCGACAUCAUCAUCAUGGACAACAACAGGAGCUGUGGGAACCAUUUUUGUCUUACUGGCCACCAUACUCCUCCUCGUCUUCCUCUGGAUGAGAAAAAAGAGGGCCUCCAGAAAAGCAUGUGGACAGGGAGGAAGGCCAGAUACUGUGGAGGAGCUACUUCCUGUUCCUGUGUAUGAAAACGUCUCAGCUCGGACCAAUCACUUGGCUCCUGCAGCACAGAGAGAACCAAUAGAAGAGCAGGAUGACCAUCACUCUGCCAUCAUCCACACCUCUCUCUCAGAGAACCAGGAAGUCCCUCGCUGGUUGGCUGGCUCCCGUGUCCAAUCAAACCACACAGAUGAGGGACCAGGUCCAGACAGAGAUGGGAGGAACCUCCCAGUUGUAAGCGCCGUCAAAUCAACACCCCAGAGUGCGAACCAGUAGCGGCAGCAGGAUUUAGAGAGUGGGACUCAGUAUAGUGUCUCAUUCAUUCAGGUGAAACUGGACAAUACGUUGGCUGAUUGUUUGCUGCAUAUCCUACUGCACUUUGUUUUCUGUGCAUUAUAAUGCUAUUUUCUACAUCUCUAUCAUUAAUAUGGGAUCUUUGCAUUUUCUUAAUUGUAUUUUUUGAGUUUGGUGAUCCUGUGAUGGUCAUUUUCAUUAUUGCGCUAUAUUAAUCAAAUGAUAACAUGAAUAUGAAAGUAUCCUAUCACAUUGGAGUUUUAAGAGGUAGUCUUACGUAAUGCUUACAUUAUCAAUAAAAAAACAGACUGCCAUGCCUCAUUGACAUGACCAAAGGGGAAACUAUUAAACACUAUUAUGCACGAAACAUGGUGUUGAAUGUUCUGUUGACACAGUAGUUCCCAGACUUCAUGAUAAUUCUGAUGCUUUUUCUUUGUCCUUUACAUUUAUUUUGUUCAGCUAACUGCAUGAUGACCUGGAACCCCAAACGAUGUUGUAGUUUCUUGACUUUAUUUCAUUGCUUGACAUAUAUAUUGCAUAACUAUAUAUAACUGGCCGGUUGGCUGUCCCGCUUGCUCCACAGAUGCUUAUGGAGCUUCUUGACUCCGAAAACGUUGACGUACAUUUUCUAUUCACCACAAAUUAGUU